CACUCCGAGAGACAAUCCACCAUGGCAAACAAACGCAGACACAGUCCCGAAGACGACGACGACGACGACGACGACGAGGCCGACGGCUCCUCUCCGCCUUCCUCUCCCAAGCGCGCUCGCAUCAACGGUCAACGUGCGACAGAAACUCCCUUCGAGACCGAUGAAGUCGACGGAGGCUACACCUACCAGUACCACAGUCAUGUCAACGAGGACCACAAUCUCCAUCUCGAUGUUUCCUCCGACGAAGGUGAGGAUCCCGAAGGCGAGAUCCGCGCUACUCAGCUUGUCCAACGACACUACCAGCGGAACAAGGAAAACAGAGCUGCUGAACAGGGCAUCAUCGAAGAGGUCUACAUGGAAAACUUCAUGUGUCACAGCAAGCUCCGCAUCCAGCUCGGUCCUUUGAUCAACUUCAUCAUCGGUCACAACGGCAGUGGAAAGAGUGCCAUCCUCACAGCCCUCACAAUCUGCUUGGGUGUCAAGGCUGCACAGACAAACCGCGCUGGUAGUCUCAAGAACUUCAUCAAGUCUGGCGAGGAGCAGGCCCACGUCGCCGUCAAGAUCAAGAACGAUGGUGAUAUGGCCUACCACCCCAACGAUUACGGCAAGUCCAUCAUAGUCGAGAGACACUUCUCACAAAGCGGAAGUGGUUUCAAGAUCAAGAACGCUCAGGGCAGAACUAUGUCUACAAAGAAAGCCGAGCUCGAGAACAUCGUCGACUUCUUCGCUCUGCAGCUGGACAACCCCAUGAACGUCUUGUCUCAAGACAAGGCUCGAGAAUUCCUCAGCGGCUCAUCCCCUCACGACAAGUACAAAUUCUUCAUCAAAGGCACUCAACUUGAACAACUCGACGGCGACUAUCGCAUCCUCGAAGACCAACUCGACACUAUCGAGCACAGGUGCGAGCUUGGAGAGACUGAUCUCGAGAUCAUGGGCAGAGAUGCAAGAGCAGCCGAGCAGAAAAAGAAGAUGAUAGACCGUAGCCAGACCACUGCGGAGAAGAUCAACCAGUUGCGCUGGCAGCAUGCUUGGGCACAAGUCGAAGAGCAAGAACGCGAGCUCCAGAGGAUUGACGAUCAGAUUCAUCAGGCCGAGAACAAGAUCACCAUGCAGCAAGCAAAAGCCGAUCAAGCUAGCAGGCUUUACGACGAAUCUCACUCUACACGUGAAGCAAACGCCAGUGUCAUUAUUGAUCUACAAGAACAACUCGGUCCUUUGCAGGACAAUUACGCCGAGGUCAAGAGCAUUUUCGAUUCAAAUGUGAAAGAAAUGCUCGAAAAGAAAACCGAGCAGAGGAGCAUCAAGCAAGAUAUAAAUGGUUCGAAGGCAACCUUGACCAACCUGGAGAACAAGAUAGGCGCUGAAAGGACCAGAAUCGAGAACGCCAGUGGUCCCGCCCAUGCUCAGAAAGUGUCCGAGCUGGAGGAUGCUCGUAACCAACUCCAGGAGAUCAAGCAACAGGAACAGCAGCAUGAAACACAAAAAUGCAGAUUGAGAACAGCGUCACCGAAACUCAAAAUGAAGGUCUGGAAGCAAAGAAGAGAGCUGUUCAAGAGGCACAAAACAUGCUGCAACGAUUGCGGGAUGAUGAAGGUCAACAAGCCAGAGCCUAUCCACCACAAAUUCAUAAUGUUCUUCGUCAGAUUAGGAACGAGNCGUGGUUUCACGAAGCAGCCAGUAGGACCAAUGGGCAUGCACGUCAAACUGCUCAAGCCUGAGUGGGGCUCGAUCAUCGAGACGACUUUCGGUCGCAAUCUGAAUGCCUUCGUGGUAAGCAAUGCUCGAGAUCGCCAGUUGCUAUUAAAGAUCUUGAGACAGCAGAAUUGGUCAGUACCAUUUAGCCUUAGGAUGUACUCGGUAUUANNACACAUUCACAGCGACUCUGACAUACUGACCAACAACGGAUAUCGUAUCGAUGUUUCACAGCAUGAGCCUGAACAGCAUCUCGUUACGAUACUCCGAGUGUUGGAGGCCAUUGAGCAGACCGUCCUCAUACCCGAAAGAGAGGCUGCCAAUCAAUUUGCUCAGUCGCAUCCACGAAACGUCAAAGGCACCAUCGGUCACCACGACCACGUACGUGGACAGGGUGUUCGUUUCAACACUACAAGAAGUGGUGGUAUCAAUUCGGGUCCCGUCAAGCCGUGGAAAGGACAGAUGCGCAUGCAAGCUAGUCUAGAAGCACAGCUGAACAUCGCACAAGAGAGAUUGAAUGACGCCAAACGGGACCUCCAAGAAGCUGAAAACAAUGUGCGAACCCUCGAGACCGCUCUCACCCGCGCCAAGCAGGCAAAGGUUCGCUAUGAUAGAGAAACGGCGAACCUUCGCCAGCAGAGGCAGAGAUGUGAAGAUCGAAUCGAACAAUUGCAGGGAGAGCUCGACGCCGAUGCAGCCAACGACACAGGUGCGCUGGACGAGCUACAUGCGCAGUACAAGGAGGCCGAGCAGAAUCUGCAAGCUGCCAACGACACAAUGAUGGAUUCAAUCAAUGCCUUGGACAAGUUGGGCCAAGACAACAGGCUAAUCAAGCAGCAGCUCGAUGCUGCUACUCAGGAGGUCGAGGAAGCUCAGGCACAACUUACCAAGGCACAAAAGAGGCUUGAAGAUAAGACCACUCAACGGGAACUCGCACUUCGCAAGAAGAAUGAAGCUCUUGAGAUGGUUGAUCUUGCUCGGCAAGAUAAGGCAGCACUGGAAGAGCAGCGUUCAGUCGCAGGGUUGUUGUCGAACCCGGCAAUACAGUCGAAGUGCUGGACCAGAGACUCGAGAAGCUCGAGGAGGAACACAGGCGAUACCANGAAUAGUAUCGGUGGUAGUCGCGAAGAGAUCUACGCGGCGUGGCGUGCCGCACACAAAAAGUUCGCUAGCGCUCAGCGAGAGUUGAAUAGGCAGAAGGACAUGGCAAAGAAACUCAAAUCAUCGCUGAUAUACCGCAAGAAUCGCUGGAAGCUCUUCCGCAAGCAUAUCACGACAAGAGCAAAGAUUACUUUCAGCUAUCUCUUGUCUGAACGCAACUUCCGUGGUCGCAUUCUGGUUCAUCAUGUCGACAAAACACUGGACAUUAGUGUUGAGCCUGACAUCUCGAAGAACAGUGACAAAGGCCGUCAAACCAAGACUCUUUCUGGUGGAGAAAAGUCCUUCUCAACCAUCUGCCUGUUGCUUUCCAUUUGGGAGGCCAUGGGUUCGCCUAUCCGCUGUCUUGACGAAUUUGAUGUCUUCAUGGACAGUGCGAACAGAGAGAUCAGUAUGAAGAUGAUGAUUCAGGCUGCUCGUAGGUCCGUUGGCAGACAGUUCGUGCUCAUCACGCCACAAGCCAUGGGCAAGUAUACCGAAGGUGUGCAGGAUGUGAGUGUUCACAAGAUGGCCGAUCCAGAGCGUGGACAGACGACGUUGAACUUCGGUGCUGCUUGA